AUGGCGCCCCCCAGUACCAAACGCAAAGGUGCGAGUGACAGCAAAGACGCCUCCGAUAGCCCUGCCAAGCGCAUACGGACUGUUCCAGAAGGCGGCCCAGUUCAGCGAAAGCGCGACAUCUUUCCAUUCCUGGACCUGCCGGGUGAGCUACGCAAUAGGAUCUACGACAUAUUAGCUGCGGACGCGAACGAGAACCCAGUCGGUAUUCGCAAUAGAUUGCGGGAGAUAAUCAAGGAGAUGUGCGACCGCCUUAAUAUCCGCAAAGAACCCAAACAGCUGGAACAUGGAUUCUCGCACUCUUCAUGGGGACUGACCCAGGUAUGCCGCAAGAUCCGUGAUGAAUAUCUUCCGGUACUGCGCCCGAUGCGACGUGUUUGCGUUACCAUUAAUGAUCUAGAAAAAUACAUGGAUGUUUUUGUCCCACGUCUGGACGACAAUAUGCCCUUCCUGAGGGCCCCUACCACCGUUGAGAUCAUUCAAAAUUCGGACCACGUGUCACCGUUGGACCUUCACCUUAUCUCUCAAUGGAUCCACGCAUCGCCCAACCUGAAUUUCAUAUUCGACAAAGAUCUCAUAAUCGCAUCCCAGAUCGUUGAGUUGUUCUCAGCUUGGAACCAAAUCGGUCAAGCUCUUGGUCUUCGAGGUAUGACUUUACAUGCGCCACCCAAGUCGGCUGCUCUAUAUGGGGUUCUCUGCUGGGCCACUGUUGACAUCACAUGCAACCUUCUCGACGGGUCACCACCGUUCGCGCAUUCCCUUGACGAGGAGCGACUUGUUCACAUCACUCACUUUGCGCAUGCCGCUGGGUUUUUCUCGUCGCCCAAUGAGAGGCUCAGUCCCGUUUACUUUGAGUGGAAAUCAGAAGGUACAGCUGUUCUUUGCUUCCGUUUGGGACCUAGUGGUGAUUACUCGCUCAAUGUCGUGGAUCGCAUCACGGAUUUCAGCCUCUACCGUAUUCCGAGCCAAGGCGUCAAAAAUACCGAGGAACUCAGAAACUGCCGACUUUAUUGA